AUGCCCUGCAGGUCCCGCUCGCUCAUGCAGGCCUCCAAGCCGGUUACCAUGACGUACACCUCCAGCGGGGACUGGCUUGUCCUGGGCUUCGAGGCUGGCCAGAUGCAGAUUUGGAACGCCUCGUCGCUGAUGCUGGAGAAGACCCUGAGCGCCCACUGCGACAUGGUCACCAGCAUCGUGUCCUCUCCCGCGAGCGCGGGAUACGACCCGCGGAUCGUCUCCUGCUCCAAGGACCAGACGCUGCGCCUGUGGCGCCCCGUGGUGGGCUCGUGGCUGCUGGAGCAGCACUCGCACGAGCCGAGGAGCGGGCACUUCGGGGUGCGCAGCCUCUCCUUCUCCUCCGACGGCAUGUGGCUGGCGUCGGUGGCGACGGAGCUGUGCGUCUGGAGGGUGCGCGUGGCCCGGAGCGUCGUCUCCCUCGAGCUGCACCAGUACCUGGAGGCGGUCUGCGGGUCCGAGGGCCUGCGCAUAGCCGUCUUCAGCGUCGGCGGGGGCAUCGUGGCGGGCUCGAAGGACGGGGUCCUCGGCCUGUGGAUGAAGGCGGAGGGGCGUCCCGACUUCCUCCUCGGGCGAGACGACGAGAAGCCCCCCGCGCCGCUGGAGCACGGUGCUGCGGCGGGGCCCUCGCCGUGGACGCCCGGGCCACGGGCGAAGCCCAUGCACCGGCUGUCGCCGCAGGGGAUCAGGCCGAUGCGGCCGCUCGAGCAGAUCGCCAGCGGCUGGAGCGCGAUGGCGUCGCCCGCGGCGGCCCCGCGGACGCUGCGCCCGUGCGUGGCCGUGAGCAGGCCCACGGGGCAGACCCACGGCCUGGCGUCCGCGGGCCGCCUGGCCGUGAGUAGGCCCCAGUCUCGCGGCGCCACCCCGGUGUCUCCAGUGCCCCCGAUCCCCUCCUCGCCGGCGUCGGCGCUGGCGCCCUCUCUCAGCUCGCCCACCCUGCUCGGCGCGCGCAGCGGCCUUCCAGGGGGCCGCGCGGGCGCGGCCGGCGACUGCCCUGCCGGCGGCGACUUCGAGGCGGCGCUGAAGCGCUUGUGCAGCGAGGCGGCGACGCCGCCGCCGCCGCCGCGGCGCAACUCUCUGGCGCGCGUGGCGAUCGUCAAGAGGAUCUCCCUGGAGCCCGAGGCGAUCGCCGGGUAG